CAGCGUUUCCAUCUUUCUAGCGCGUGCUAGCGGGGGAAGAAAGCAAGAUUACAGAAUUACAGAUCGAGGUCGCUUUGCUUCUCCUUGAGAUCCACUGAGCGAGAGACUGAUACAUAGUGGAGCUUCAGAUCCAUUAAAGUUUGUAUUGAACGUUUUCAGAAUUCCUAAAUUCCUCGGUUUCUAUAUAGAUGAGGCUGUUGCAGUUGGCCUUUGUGGUUGCUUUAGCUUCUGGAUUUGCCGCCAUUCUCAUCUACAUUAACGGCGUCUCCGACCUAUAUGGAGGCUACCAACUUUCCGAACAGGAUUUUGAAGCUUUGCAGUCUCUCCAAAGCAGUUUCCAGAAGUGUGUGAGUGCGAAUGGAUUAGGUUUACAAGCUGUAGGUGGCGGAGAUUAUUGCCUAGUUUCAAUGAGGUUUCCCCAAGAUACCAUUCCCAAAUGGAAAGAUCCUAAAACUGGUGAACUUGAAGGCUUAUCUUACGAAUUCAAUCUCUGUGAAGCUGUGGCUACUUGGGAACAGGUGCGGAACAGUACCACCAUAUUGACAAGGGAGUACAUUGAUGGGUUGCCAAAUGGAUGGGAGGAGUAUGCUUGGCGUAGGAUUAACAAAGGAGUACUUCUUAAUCGCUGCGAGAAUAGAACUUUAUGCAUGGAGAAACUUUCCCUAGUACUUCCUGAAACACCACCAUAUGUUCCAAAACAAUAUCGCCGUUGUGCUGUUGUGGGAAAUUCUGGAGAUCUCUUGAAAACCAAAUUUGGGAAGGAGAUAGAUGGUUUUGAUGUUGUCAUCAGGGAAAAUGGGGCCCCCAUACAGAACUAUACUGAACAUGUGGGUAAAAAGAGUACCUUUCGUCUUCUUAAUAGGGGAUCUGCAAAAGCUCUUGAUAAAGUCGUCGAGUUAGAUGAAACAAGAAAGGAGGUUUUGUUAAUCAAAACAACAAUUCACGAUAUCAUGAACAAGAUGAUUCAGGAGGUUCCAAUAAAAAAUCCUGUUUAUCUCAUGCUCGGUGCUUCGUUUGGUUCUGCUGCAAAAGGAACUGGGCUCAAGGCUCUUGAGUUUGCUCUCUCUAUAUGUGACUCAGUAGAUAUGUAUGGCUUCACGGUUGAUCCUGGCUAUAAAGAAUGGACAAGAUAUUUCUCAGAAUCUCGGCAAGGUCACACACCUCUGCAUGGUAGGGCAUAUUACCAGAUGAUGGAAUGUUUGGGCCUUGUCAAAAUUCAUUCUCCCAUGCGACCUGAUCCUAACCGGGUGGUGAAGUGGGUACCAAGCCGAAACAUGGUUACUGCUGCUAGAGUUGCAUCUGAGAAACGAUUAAGGAGGGUUGGAGCGGGUUCCGGAGACCCAUUGGCUGCAUGUUCUAUCACAAAAAAGCAGAUCAGAAGCAAGCCUUUAUCGAUUUCAAGUCUACGCAAGCCUGCUGCCGCCCAUCAAAAAUUUGUGAGAGGCGCAACUAUGUAUCCUCUGGAGCAUAGUCCUGGUCAUGGUCUUCUUUGCACAGUGCCGCCAAGUUAAAUCCAUGGAUUAUUUGUCGAAGUUCGUCUAAACGAAAAGUCAAUGCAGAGAAAGAUUGAAAGGCAAAGAAGGCAUUGUUGAAGCAUGCCUAAGAAAAGCCUUUUCAUUUCUGCAAGGUACGAACUUCCGCAUGCACAUCCCGGAUUCCUGAAACUGGGAAAGUCUCAGAAUCCGUCAAUUCUUAUCCCUUUCUUUCUAGCAACAGCACGAUCAUUCAUCUGGAUCUGCUGCUCCCAUUGAAAGGUUUUGGUGGUUAUUUUUCACCCAUGUUCAUGUAACUUAGUUCGGAGAGUAAUUACAAAGGCCCUUCAUCCUUCAGGCUUGUUCCUGCUCGCCGGAGAGACAACUUUUCUCCUGUGAAGUCUGCAUUGGCGAGGUGAGUGGAUCUUGAUUUAGUUAUAGAUAUUUUAAAUUAAUUUUGAACUGCUCCACAUCGUAUUGAGUGGUUUCAUCACCUCAAAUAUUUUUGUGAAGCUUUCGAGGUAGUUAGAUCUGAAACUUGGGGUCUUUAGAACGUUCCUCGUGUACUUGCUUUAGCUUUGGUCCAUCCGUUUGGGAGUUGCUUAUGGCCUCUGAUAUUUGCUCCUCUGGGUGGAAGUCAGCAUCAUGAGUUUAAUUGGGUUUAGGGUUUGUAGAAGUCAUUUUAUAACGAUUUGUUUUGUACUUUUAAUUUAUAUAUAAAAAAGUAUAUUCUAUAAC